ACCAACAUUUUUAAAAAAUAAGGCGGAACAAGUGGACUGUGGCGGUGGGUUCGUGAUUUGAAAAGUCAAAGAAGAAGAAGAUGGUGGUGGUAGCGUUUGACUUUGAAGAAGAAAGCGUCGUCGCCGAUAGGCCUCGAAGACUUCUCUUCUAUUUAUAGCUUCUUUUCACCUUCGUUGAUAACAUUCAUUCAAACGACUAGGAGAACGCAAACAAAAUAAAUAUACAGAAAAAAAAAAUCAUCAACAAAAAAGGUUUAAAGGAAACGAUGUCUGUUGCCGUCUGCAGCUCGCCGGUUUUCUCCCCGUCCUCGUCUCUUUUCUGCAACAACAAGGCGUUGAACAUUUCUCCGGCGCAUCAAAACCUGACUCUGUCUCAUUCCCAUCUCACUGCUCUUGCUUCUUCUCCUUCGGCUGCGUCUCCCACUUCGCCGUUCUGCCUCCGUCUUCUUAAACCGCCGGUUAAUUCAGUGUUUGGUUCGGACUCUGGUCCCUUUGACCGCCAGCUGGGAGGCGUUCUGAAGAGGAAGCGACCUACGAGGCUAGACAUACCGGUGGCUCCCGUGGGUGUUGCAGCACCUAUCUCUGUGAAAGCAGAGACGACAAGGGAAGAAAGUGGAGAGGUGGAAAGGGAAGGUGAUGAGUUUUCAGUUUACUGCAAGAGAGGAAAAAGAGAAGCUAUGGAGGAUCGGUUCUCUGCCAUCACCAAUCUUGAAAGAGAUCCCAAACAGGCAAUUUUUGGAGUCUAUGAUGGUCAUGGAGGAUCAAGAGCGGCUGAGUUUGCGGCUAAGAACUUGUGUAAUAACAUUCUAGGAGAGAGAGGUAGUGAGAGGAACGAGUCAGAUAUUGAAGAAGCUGUGAAACGUGGUUACCUAACGACUGAUUCUGAGUUUCUCAAGGAGAAAGAUGUUAAGGGAGGAUCUUGCUGCGUCACGGCUCUGAUUAAAGAUGGGAAUCUCGUGGUGUCCAAUGCCGGUGACUGCCGUGCUGUUUUGAGCGUUGGAGGAUUCGCGGAGGCUCUGACUUCUGACCACCGCCCUUCGAGGGACGAUGAACGGAACAGAAUUGAAAGCUCGGGCGGUUAUGUUGAUACAUUUAACAGUGUUUGGAGAAUCCAAGGAUCUUUAGCGGUAUCUAGAGGAAUCGGAGAUGCGCAUCUCAAAAGAUGGGUGAUAUCUGAGCCAGAGACAAAGACUUUACGUAUCAACCCCCAACACGAGUUCUUGAUCUUAGCUUCAGACGGUCUGUGGGAAAAGGUUGGUAACCAGGAGGCAGUAGAUAUAGCUCGACCGUUCUGCAUGGGAACCGAUCAGAACCAAAAGCCAUUGCUAGCGUGUAAGAAGCUCGUUGACCUCUCUGUUUCACGAGGCUCCUUGGACGAUAUCAGUGUGAUGUUGAUUCCGUUACGCCGCUUCAUCUGACCAGUGGAGAUAUGUAGAGAUUAGAGAACACCUUAAGAAUGUUUAAACUUCAUUUGUCAUAUUAGUUAUUAGGGCACUCUGUGUAUAUUAACAUACCGUAUGUGCAUGAGUCUUAAUUGUUACGUAACA